CUGUAUAUGCAAGCGCCAGACGCUGAGACGCAUACAACGAACGUUCAAGACUUGAAAGUUCUGUCUGUCUGUCAUACCCAACUAUAAUUCGUCAUGAAAUGACCCAAGCAAAGCAAAGGGAGAUGACGUGGACGUCCGUCAGAUCUUUCCGCCGAUCUUGCCGAGGAAGGCCAAAGUCGCCUUUGGAGAGAGAGAGAAAAGAAACCAUUUGCUGUUGCCUCAUGCCUGUUGGCUUUUCCCCCUUCUCAAAAUUGGCUAUCUGCUGUUCUGUUAAUGAGGUCAGUCUAAAGUCUAAUGGUUGGGACCUCCAUCAUUCAUUUAAUCUGCGUCCAAUUUGUCCUUUUCCUGCAAUGCUUCAAUGACCAGGUUUCGGACAUUCUAAUGGAUUUAUGCGAAUAUGCUUUGUACUGACCGUUGUCCGUCGCCUUCGCUGCUUGGAAAGUCACAUAUUGGGCUGGUUUUGAUGUUUUCUCAAUUGGGUUUGUCUUCUUUCUAUUGGAAAAGGGAGGAAUUUUAGUUUGUUUUGAACAGUCUUUUUGUAUAUUGAGGAUGUUCUCAAUUUUCUUUUGUGUAAUUUGAAUUUCGGAGCCACGAAUCGAUGAAUCUUGUGAAGUUUCUGGAUAUUGUCUUGGUCUAUGUGGAGGUACCGGCGAUAUCCGAUUCGGUGGUUUCUGCUUUGAGCUCAGAGUCUCGUUGCGCCUUAGUUUGGGGUCUGAAAUUAUUGCGAGAUCCCGGAUUAUGUGAUCUGGGUAUUUGAAAACAUAGGAUUUUGGAAGGAUGCAAGCGGUGGGGAGGUUGGGUAGCUACAUCUCCCGAGGAGUUUAUACAGUCUCCGGCCCCUUUCACCCUUUCGGUGGAGCUGUGGAUAUCAUAGUAGUCCAACAGCAAGACGGGAGCUUCAAGUCGUCGCCUUGGUACGUUAGAUUCGGGAAAUUCCAAGGUGUUUUGAAGACAAGGGAAAAAGUGGUGACCAUAUCUGUCAAUGAAGCCGAGGCCGGAUUUCAUAUGUACUUGGAUCACAAAGGAGAAGCUUACUUUCUCAAGGAGGUGGACAGCGAAAAUGGAGAUUUUGAACCUUCUUUUCUGUCCUCCGGAGAGGAGACGGAUGAGCAAUCUUUCAGAGGAGGAACAAAAGAGUCUCAGAGUUGCAACUCUGCUGCAAACCAACCGACUUCUGUUACUCCGAUUGAUGCGAGCAAUGGUAAGAUUGUGGCAAGGUCUCAGAGUUGCAACUUUGCUUCAAACCAUCCGGCUUCUGUUACUCCGAUUGAUGCGAGCAAUGGAAAGAUUGUGACAAGGACGAAUUCCCGUCGGCAGCGGAUACUUGGGCUAUUCAGACGGAAAUCUUCCAAGGAGGACAGCAGGGCCGGUGAUGGAGGCAGUGUUGGAAUGGAAAGGGUAAGUUCGUUGGAGCGAGCAGAGUUAGCAGCUGACCUCAUGGAGGUGAAAUGGUCUACCAAUCUGUUCACCAAUAAACCUGGGGCCUCUACUACUAUGCAAGCCAUGGAAAUUAAUGGGGAUUUGCAGGUUACUGAUGGAAACGACCCAGGUAGCCAAUCGCUACAUGAUAACGUGGAGAAGGAUGUUGCUCUUCCUGUUGUACAUGUAGAAACUACUACUUGUGACAAUUCCGGGUACGAGUUAGGGAAUACAGAGAUCUCUGAUGGUGUAACUAGUCAUUAUUCUAAACCACAGGACCAACCUGUGGAAACCUCCAUAUCAGAGGCAGGUGAAUUGGACAAACAUGAUGUAACAUCUGAAGUAUCAACGUGUCAGGAGACAAUGAGUGAAUCUCUCUCCGAGAAUGCGGUUCCUGAUUUGCAGCAUCUAGAUUUAGUUGAGCUUGAAGUAACGCCAAACACUCAUUUGUGUAUAAAACAAUAUUCUGAAACUAAAAUUCUUUUGAAUAAUGCUAUACCGGAGGAAGAUUGUGGAAACGAAAGAGUUCAUUACUACAUAUACUCUGAAACGUCAGAGAGCUCAAAUGUGAGGAUGGAUGAAUCCUGUCAAUCUGUUGAGACUACGGAGAUUUCUCAUGGAGGGUUUGAAGAGGUCCAAACUCAUGCUGAGAUUCCAUGUGAAAGUGCCAGGAUAAUACCUGAGGUAAGGUCUGAACCAGAGUAUGAUUUAUUCUCAGCCAAAGAAAAUUUGAAUAACAUAGAAUGUCCAGGAGAAACAGGUUCAUCUGAGAUUCUGGACACUGGAACCAUCAUGCAGAGUGAGCAUAGUGCCGUUGAUCCUGUUUUGAUGAACACAGUAACAGAAUGUGUUUCUUCCAUUGAUACAUGCCCGGUUACUGUUGAUGCUGACGAAUCGGCAAUACUAGAAGUUUUUCACCAAGAUAAGAUUGCUGAUUAUCUUACUCAGAAGAAGAAUUUGAAAACUGAAAGACUGGAGGUUUCUGAGGAUGGAUUUCAAAAAAUGGAAAUUUCUUACUCUGACAUCUCCAGUAAUAAUGAAGUGAAUCUGGGAAAACCAUCCAUGGCUAUAAUGCCUCCUCCAGAAACCCUUAGUGUUGAUUGCAAACUUGUUUCCAUUGCAGAAGCAGAGAUGCAGAAUAUCUGUACCCCUUCUAGACUUGACAACUUGAUUUGUGAAGUCCAAGAGAAGGAGUAUUUUGUGGAAUACAAUAAGAUGGGCAACCUUUGUUCUUCACUGAAAAUUUCUACUGAACAAGUGUCUGGUGUUGGUUCUGUCUGUGUGAAGGCAAUAAAUUCAAGCAUUCCACCAUUGGAAAGUCCAGAGGAAAAUCAGUUCCUUUUCAGUGACAUUGACAAUUUUGUGGAGAGAGAGAACCGGCGCAAAGAGUUAAUGUCUCCAGAUUCUAUGGGAACAGGAAGUUAUCCUUUUAUUACCCUGGAAGACAUAGAAGAUGAACAUGAAGCAGUUAUUAAAAAUCAUGAGUCAUCCUCAUCUUCAGACAAUCUUCUUCAGGGGCAUUUGCCAGAAGAUUUUGAAGGCUUGCUUGGCAAACCAAUGACUAAAUCAAGUCCAAUAAGCAUUCCAAGGAAUUGUAUGCUGGAAACCACUGAAGAUGAGCAUGAAUCAGUCAAUAAAGAUCAAGACUUGCUUUCAUCUGAAGAGAAGCCUCUUCAGGAGCAUUCACCAAGUGAUUUUAACGGUUUGCUUGAGGACUCAAUGACUAAAUCAAGUCCAAUUAGUAUUCCAAGAAGUCAUAAGGGUGUGGGAGAAGAUACUGUGCGGUUGAUAGAAUCUCUACCAAAUAUCAGAUCUCUUCUUGACAAUUUGGAGGGAUCUGAUGUUGUUAACCAUCUUAGCCAUUCUCUGGACUCAAAUUCUGGAAACUUCAAGUGGGGAUUUCUUAGGAAUGAUGCUUCAAACUCUUUAAAGACAGAUACAGACUCUGAACACAAUUUAGUACAGGACCAGCUUGAGCUUGAAGAUACUCAAACAUCAGGGAAACUUGGAAAUGUGUCAAUCAACUCUGGAGUUGAGAUAUCACUAUGCAGGCACCUUCUACAUGAAGGGAUGGGUGAUGAUGCUGCAUCUCAAGCAUUUGAUGCUGAAAAGGUGGAUUUGGACAAGUUCACUUCUCUGGAUCCUGAUCUUGUGAAAAAUGAUAGGCUUGUCAUAAGGAUUGGUGGCCGUUAUUUCCCAUGGGAUGCAGCUGCACCAAUUGUUCUAGGGAUGGGUGCAUUUGAGCAUCAACAAAUCUUUGAGCCAGAAGGAAUAAUAGCUGUUAACAAAGUCAAGAGAACUAAUGAAGUAGAUGCGUCAAGAGCCAUUGUUCCUUCUGGUGGAAGCUGGAAGCUUUGGCCUUUUUCUUUCAGAAGAUCAAAAACCAUGAGCUCUGUCCAGCUAUCUCAGGGUGGCACUGAAGCUUCUGAUGCUGCCAAUCCUUCGGAGAAGACACAUAAUAUGAUUGCAGAUAAAAAUGAGUGCACUACUGCCAAAGUCACUAAAAAGAAGGUGAGAUCAAUUGUUCCAACAUCUGAACAGCUAGCAACCUUGGAUCUGAAGGAAGGACAGAACAUGAUAACCUUCACGUUCUCAACUGCAAUGCUGGGGAAACAACAGGUUGAUGCUAGAAUUUACUUGUGGAAAUGGAACACUCGCAUAGUUGUUUCAGAUGUUGAUGGUACAAUUACCAAAUCAGAUGUUCUUGGACAAUUCAUGCCUUUGGUUGGAAGAGAUUGGUCACAAACAGGUGUUGCACAUCUAUUUUCAGCAAUUAAGGAAAAUGGGUAUCAGUUACUUUUCCUAAGUGCACGUUCAAUUUCUCAGGCAUAUCUCACAAGGCAGUUCCUUUUCAAUCUUAAGCAGGAUGGGAAGGCACUACCAGAUGGACCUGUUGUCAUUUCCCCUGAUGGACUUUUUCCUUCCCUAUAUCGAGAAGUAAUCAGAAGGGCUCCUCAUGAAUUCAAAAUCACAUGCCUAGAGGAUAUCAGGGCAUUAUUUCCUCAUGAUUGCAACCCAUUCUAUGCUGGUUUUGGCAACAGAGACACUGAUGAGAUUAGCUACCUUAAAGUUGGAAUUCCCAAAGGGAAAAUCUUCAUCAUAAACCCUAAGGGCGAGGUUGCUGUGAACCGUUCGGUUGACACAAAAUCCUACACAUCCCUUCAUGCACUUGUUAAUGGCAUGUUUCCCGCCAUGUCCUCAUCUGAGCAGGAAGACUUCAACUCAUGGAACUACUGGAAAAUGCCUCUUCCCAAUAUCAACAUUUGAUGAUACCGACAAGACAUUCUUGUUUAACUCCUUGGAUUGUGAUGCAGGAGGAUGUCAACAUGCCAGUUCUUGAAUGAGCAGGUGCGGGUUAGAUGCAAUAUAUGGCAUCAUAGCAGCAAGAGAAGGGUCACUCUGGCGGCUACUUGUGCUUAGUUCAUUCAUUGGUAGCGAAAAGCUGGAAACUGGUGUACAGAGAUGAAUGAUGAAUCUACCAAAAAAGUGGCAGAUUGAAUUGUAUUCUUUUCUAGUUUAAUUUAUAAAGCUGUAUAAUAGUGUUAUUCCAUGUAAACUGAUGAGCAUUGCAUUGUUGUAUAUGUUAUGACUGAUGCCCAUGCUGGAAAAGAAAUGGGUUAUGGGUAUACCACAUAUAUAUACAUCCGAAUCCAUUCUA